AGAAACUACAACUCCCAGAGGGCUCCGCGCGCUGGCUUCGGCCGCGCCGCUCUUGCUCCAAGGCGCAUACGCAGCCUACGUCCCGGAGCUUGGCGCAUGGACCACAACUCCCAGAGUGCUCCGGACCCUCGCUGCCGUCAAGCAACAUGGCUGCUAGAAUUGCUGCCUUCUUCAAGAAUGCCUGGGGCCAGGAGCCGGUGCUGGUCGUGUCCUUAGCUAUCGCGGGCCUCGCUGCAAUUCUGCCCGUAGUCAGCCCCUACACCAAGUACUCCAUCAUGGUCAACAAGGCCAUGCCCUACAACUACCCAGUGCCCGUCCGAGAUGAUGGGAACAUGCCUGAUGUGCCCAGCCACCCCCAGGACCCCCAGGGCCCCAACCUGGAGUGGCUAAAGAAACUGUGAGCACUUCUUGCUAUGGACAGGGAGGCAGCCCCCUCCCCUGGCCCCCAAUAAAAGUGUGAACACCAA